UAUAAUCGAACCAAAAGAAGUAGUAGUAUUUUCUUACAUCUACUGACAUUUCCCAUAAAAGAAAAAGGAGAAAAGAGAAAUUAUGUGAAAAUCAAUAGUACUAGAUUUUAUUUUUAAGAAAAGGAAAGUGUUAGAAAAAUAAGAAGCAAACAGAAAAUAGCAAGAGUCACGCACAGACAGCGAUCUUACGCCGAAAUUUCAUGCAAAAGCUUUAGAUCUCAUCUCCCCACUCCCUAUUCACUUUGAGUUUUUCACACACAACACACACUCCCAUGCAAACAAUCUCACGCAAAAAACCAAACCAAAAAAAUGAAUCUAUUUCAUUUCAUGCAAAUGCAUUAAUUCAUCGCUACUAUCUGAUUUUCUCCACCUGAAUUUCUCUUGUUUCUCAAUUUGGAGAUCUUCAUUUAUUUCGCAAUCCGAAAUCUGUGUAUUCCUCUUUUAUUACAGCCAUCAUUUUCAGACAUAAACAAAGAGAGGAAGAGAAAAGGGACAGGAGAACAAAGGAAAAGGAGAAGAAAAAUGGGAAGUGAUGAGCAGUUGCUGAGAAGGAGCAACACCAAACAUCAGAGAAACAUUUCUGCAUCUUCCCCUUUUCGAUAUAUUCUUCAAGAACAAAGAUUUGUUUGUUUGUUGAUAGGAAUCGCGAUCCCGUGUCUGGUUUUCGGCGUUAUGCCUUCAUCUUCCCGGCCUCAGAAGGGGCCGAUCCCUCUCUCCGAUCAAUCUACCGGGAUUCAGACCCAAUUUUCGUAUUUACACAACGAUCAAAUUAGUCAUUUUCGAGCAGGUGGAAGAGUUCCUUUGGGAUUGAAAAGCAAACGUUUGAGGGUAUUGGUGACUGGUGGAGCUGGUUUCGUAGGGAGCCAUUUGGUGGACCGUUUGAUUGCCCGUGGUGAUAGUGUGAUCGUCGUUGAUAACUUCUUCACGGGGCGGAAGGAGAACCUUGUGCAGCAUUUCUCAGGUCAUAGGAUGGAGCUCAUCCGACAUGAUGUGGUCGAGCCUAUCUUGCUCGAGGUGGAUCAGAUAUACCACUUGGCCUGCCCUGCCUCUCCUGUACAUUACAAGUACAACCCUGUCAAGACAAUCAAGACGAAUGUGAUGGGAACGUUAAACAUGCUCGGACUGGCUAAGAGGGUUGGAGCACGUUUUCUGCUGACGAGCACAAGUGAAGUGUAUGGUGAUCCAUUGGAGCAUCCACAGACCGAGACCUAUUGGGGCAAUGUCAAUCCCAUUGGUGUUAGGAGUUGUUAUGAUGAGGGAAAGCGAACGGCUGAGACCUUGACCAUGGAUUAUCACAGGGGACUUAAUCUUGAGGUUAGAAUUGCUCGAAUUUUCAACACUUAUGGACCGCGUAUGUGCACUGAUGAUGGUCGCGUCGUUAGCAACUUUGUAGCUCAGGCUUUGAGAAAGGAGCCUUUGACUGUUUAUGGAGAUGGAAAGCAAACUAGGAGCUUCCAAUAUGUUUCUGAUUUGGUGGAGGGCUUGAUGAGGCUAAUGGAAGGCGAGCACGUGGGCCCCUUCAAUCUCGGGAAUCCCGGUGAAUUCACCAUGCUUGAACUAGCUAAGGUAGUGCAAGACACAAUAGAUCCAAAUGCAAAGAUUGAGUUCAGACCAAACACAGAGGAUGAUCCACACAAGAGGAAACCAGACAUCUCAAGGGCAAAGGAGCUUCUCGGGUGGGAGCCGACUGUCUCACUGAGAGAGGGCCUUCCUCGCAUGGUCAAUGACUUCAGACAACGCAUCUUUGGCGAUGAGAAGGAGACUGUAGGCACCUCUAGUGCUUAAAAAUUGUAUGCAUCUCUAAUGCAUGAAUCUAUGUAAGCCAAACUCAUGUUAUCUAUUAGCUUGCUUGCUCAAGAAUAAUACAAAUGUGUGUGUGUUUUAGGAAGACAUGGAAAAAACUCUAAUAUAUCUCAAUCAUAUUUUGUUAAUAGUGCAGUUA